UCCCCUCCCCCUCCUCUCUUCUCACCCCGCUGCUGCCUGGCAGGAGGGAGCCGAGCCAGCUCUGGGAGGAGGCAGCGCAGCGCAGCGGAGCAGAGAGCCCAGAGGGCAGCUCGGCUCAGCCCCGCUCUGCCAAUCUUGGCCCGGCCCAGCCCCGGUGGCGCCCUCCACUUUGGUUGUCAGGCGACGGAGCCCCCUCCUGGCAGCAAUGACAGAGCCAUCUGGGGGACCCAUGCGGGAUGCGCUGGGUCCCUGAUGAGGGGCCCGGCUGCCUCUGGGCGCCCCCACCAUGGCCUAGCCUUCAGCCCGGCGUCCUCGGGGCCUCACUCAACAUCUCCAUCGCCAUGGGAGGCUGCUUCUCCAAACCCAAGCCAGUGGAGCUCAAAAUUGAAGUGGUGCUCCCAGAGAAGGAGCGAACCAAAGAAGAUGCGUCUCCCAGUGGCCAAGCCAGCCCUCUGGCCUACAAAGCCAACGGCCGGGCCCGGCACUACCACCCAGAGGAGCGGCCAUCCACCCUGCACCCCUACCCCAGCCCUCACGACCGAGUGGAGGCCGCCGCGUGCCACGUCAAGGACCUGGAGAAUGGCCAGAUGCGGGAGGUAGAGCUGGGCUGGGGCAAGGCCCUCUUGGUGAAGGAGAAUGGGGAGUUCCAUGCCUUGGGCCACAAGUGUCCACACUACGGAGCCCCCCUGGUGAAAGGGGUCCUCUCCAGGGGCAGGGUCCGAUGCCCCUGGCAUGGUGCCUGUUUCAAUAUUGCCACUGGAGACAUUGAAGACUUCCCAGGUCUAGACAGCCUGCCCAAAUUCCAGGUGAAGAUUGAGAAGGAGAAGGUGUACAUUCGAGCCAGUAAACAGGCCCUGCAGACACAGAGGAGGACAAAGGUGAUGGCCAAGUGCAUCUCCCUCAGCAACUACCAUGUGGGGAGUACCAACAUCCUGAUUGUGGGAGCUGGGGCGGCCGGCUUGGUGUGUGCAGAGACCCUGAGACAGGAGGGCUUCUCCGACAGAAUUGUGAUGUGCACGAUGGACAGACACCUUCCUUAUGACAGACCCAAGCUCAGCAAGUCCUUGGACUCCCAGCCAGAGCAGAUUGCCCUCAGGCCCAAGGAGUUCUUUCUGACAUAUGACAUCGAAGUCCUGACCGAGACCCAGGUUGUCACAGUGGAUGUGAAGAACAAGAAAGCCAUAUUCAAGGAUGGCUUUAAGAUGGAAUACAAUAAGUUGCUGUUGGCCCCAGGAAGCACCCCCAAGACACUGAGCUGCAAAGGCAAAGAAGUAGAGAACGUCUUCACCAUUGGGACCCCAGAAGACGCCAAUAGGAUAGGGAAGCUGGCCCGUGGGAGGAACGCAGUUGUUGUUGGGGCCGCCUUCUUGGGAAUGGAGGUAGCGGCAUACCUGACUGACAAGGCACACUCUGUGUCAGUUGUGGAGUUAGAAGAGACACCGUUCCGGAGGUUCCUUGGGGAGAAGGUUGGCCGAGCCCUCAUGAAGAUGUUUGAGAACAAUGGGAUCAAAUUUUACAUGCAGACAGAAGUCUUGGAGCUUCGGGCCCAGGAGGGGAAGCUGAAGGAGGUUAUCCUGAAGAGUGGCAAGGUGGUCCGGGCUGACGUCUGCGUGGUGGGCAUUGGCGCGGUGCCAGCCACAGGCUUCCUUAAACAGAGCGGAAUCAACAUGGAUGCCCGGGGCUUCAUUCCUGUUAACAAGAUGAUGCAGACAAACGUCCCUGGCGUCUUCGCAGCUGGUGAUGCUGUCACAUUCCCGCUGGCCUUGAGGAGCAACAAGAGAGUGAACAUUCCACACUGGCAGAUGGCCCACAUCCACGGGCGUGUGGCGGCUCAGAACAUGCUGGCCCAGGAAGCCGAGAUCAGUACUGUGCCCUGCCUCUGGACUGCCAUGUUUGGGAAAAGCAUCCGUUACACAGGGUACGGGGAAGGGUUUGAUGACGUCAUCAUCCAGGGGGACUUGGAUGAGCUGAAGUUUGUGGCCUUUUACACCAAGAAUGAUGAGGUGAUUGCUGUGGCAAGCAUGAACUAUGACCCAAUUGUCUCCAAAGUGGCUGAAGUCCUGGCCUCGGGGAGAACAAUCCGAAAGCGAGAUGUGGAGCUCUUUGUUCGGCUUGGCAAGACGGGAGACAUGUCGUGGCUGACGGGCAAAGGCUACUGAACACCCAGCGGGCCGGGACGUGGGCAGCUGCUCACUCAGACUCUUGCCAAACCCGCCACCUCCCCAGUCUCUCCCUCUGAGCAGAAUCUAGCCUGCCUGUCUCCUGCUGCAAAGCCGACUCUUGUCCGGGGGCUCUAGCUCCUCUGGGAACUUUGGGGCGACCUGACAGUGGCGUGGGGCGCCGGCCGAUUCCUGACGCGGCUCUGCCAGCAUUGGAGGCGGCACAGAAGGAGCUCGGAGCAACCCCCUCGCCCCGUCUCUCCUCUGGUGGCCACGCCUGCCUCUUGCCGGUCCCCACCCCCCUGGACCCGCCCCGGGACCCGCCCCCGGCCGCCUUCAGGAGCGUGGGUUCUGCCUUUCUGGCAGAAUCACCUGUAAACGAAAGGGCCUCGAAGCUAAUCUCUGACGUCCUUCUGGAUGAUUUUUCCUCCCAGGGUCAGCGGGUGACCCUUCCCCCUCUUUCCAGGCACUGCUGGCUUUGGAAACCAGGGCAGGCCCC